AUGGUGGCACCACCACCUCUCACCACCAAGCCACCUACCGGACCUGCGGCCGGAUCUAGCAACCUUCGUGGCACCACCAUCGAGCAUGGUGGAACCUCCCAUCAAGGUGGGCUCGUUACCACCACUGACUUAGGCCCGGUCUUGGAGCAACUUCAAGCAUUCCCUCCAUUGCCUCCACGCUCGAUGUACGCUCUUGCAUACACCUCCAAUGAAACCCUAGCCUGUGUUUGCUUAGUUUCUGCUACACUUCCUCAUGAAAUAUUGGAGAUGACCAACAAGUUUAUGACUGACCCUGUGAGGAUACUUGUCAAACGUGAUGAAUUGACUUUGGAGGGAAUCAAGCAAUUUUUCUUCUCGGUUGAAAGAGAAGAGUGGAAGUUUGAUGCAUUAUGUGAUCCCUAUGAGACUCUUACAAUUACACGAGCUGUUAUUUUCUGCAACACAAAACGAAAGGUGGACUGGCUCACCGAAAAGUUGAGGAGUAAUAACUUUACUGUGUCUUCAAUGCAUGGAGACAUACCUCAGAAGGAGAGAGAUGCUAUUACCCAAGAGUUUCGCAGUGGCAAUUCUCGUGUCCUCAUCACAACAGAUGUUUGGGCACGAGGCCUUGACCUUUUUCAGGUUUCCUUGGUUAUCAAUUUUGAUCUUCCAAACACUCGAGAGCUGUAUAUUCAUCGGAUUGGUCGUUCUGGUCGUUUUGGGCGCAAGGGUGUGGCAAUAAACUUUGUCAAAAGCGACGAUAUAAAGAUCUUAAGAGACAUUAAACAGUACUACAGCACCCAGAUUGAUGAAAUGCCGAUGAACGUUGCAGAUUUGAUAUGACAUCUCUGUUGCUAAUUUGUAUACUAGCAGAAGCUAGAACUUUUAGAAGUUAAAUUUUUGUUUAGGCUAG